AUGGCCAACGAGAAGAUGCCGGAACAGGCCAAUGUUCUGCCAGGGCAAGGCAACAAGCCACUCUCCCGGCCUGCCCAUGCUUUGCCUUAUGCCAUUGUGCUCGACGAGCUCGAUGCCCGCGAUCAAGAGGGCCUGAGCAGCGCUGAGGCCAAAGAACGCCUUGAGAGAUACGGCAGCAAUGACCUCGGAAACGCAAAGGGUGUUCAGCCCGUGAAGAUUCUCAUCUCGCAGGUUGCCAAUGCCAUGACUCUAGUGCUGAUAAUGGCAAUGGCCGUGUCCUUUGCCAUUGGGUCCUAUAUCGAAGGAGGAGUCAUCACCGCUGUUAUCCUUCUAAACAUUGUUGUUGGCUUCUUUCAAGAGUUCCAAGCGGAGAAGACGAUGGAUUCUCUCAAGUCGCUGAGUUCACCUACCGCUCAGGCUGUGCGUGCUGGUGAGAACAUCACUGUGCCCACGAUGGAAAUCGUUCCUGGCGAUAUGGUUGAAUUGAAGACUGGCGAUACGAUCCCUGCAGAUCUGAGACUUAUCGAAGCAGUCAACUUCGAGACCGACGAAGCACUUCUGACCGGUGAAUCCCUCCCCGUUCGCAAGGAUCCGGAACUCGUACUGGAGGACGACACUGGUCCCGGGGACAGAUUGAAUGUGGCUUACAGUUCUUCUACGGUCACCAAAGGUCGAGCUCGCGGUGUAGUCUUCGCCACCGGCCUUAGCACCGAGAUCGGGUCGAUUGCUGCCGCCCUUCGUCAAAACGGGUCCAAGAUCAGAGAGGUCAAGCGCAACGACGAGGGCAAAGCAGGUCCGCAUAGAUAUGCGCAGGCUUGGGGCCUCACUACAACGGACGCGAUCGGACGAUUUCUCGGAGUGAACAAGGGCACACCACUUCAAAAGAAAUUGUCUCGCCUUGCGGUGCUUCUUUUUGGCAUCGCGGUCGUUUGUGCCAUCAUCGUCUUGGCCGCGAACAACUUCACUUCUGAGCGUGAGGUCAUCAUCUACGCGGUUGCCACCGGGCUGUCUAUGAUUCCAGCCUCUCUCAUCGUGGUACUAACGAUCACAAUGGCUGCGGGAACCAAGCGUAUGGUUGAACGCCAUGUCAUCGUUCGCAAUUUGAAGUCACUCGAAGCGCUUGGUGCCAUCACCGACAUCUGUUCCGACAAAACUGGCACUCUCACUCAAGGCAAGAUGAUCGCAAAGAAGGUCUGGAUUCCGGCGUGCGGAACCUACUCUGUGAACAAUUCCAACAACCCUGUGGACCCUGAGACUGGCGACAUCCAUUUCUCGUCUCGAAAGGACGACAGUGACCGAAGCGAGGACAAUUCGACUCACGAAGCAUCCGCUUCCGACUCACAAGAUCUCCUCGAUGGCAAUACUCACCUCGAAGCAUUCCUCGAUGUCGCUACUUUGGCCAACCUGUCCACGGUGUACAAAGACAAGGAGGGCGUCUGGCAUGGCCGAGGCGAUCCGACCGAGACUGCUAUCAAUGUUUUCGCAACUCGAUUUGGCUGGAAUCGUGCCGAGAUGAGCACUGGCUCCAACGCAACCUGGAAGUCUGUCCUUGAAUUUCCAUUCGAUUCCGACGUUAAGAAGAUGUCCGUGAUAAUGGAGAACACUGACACCAACGAUCUGCAUGUCUUCACAAAGGGCGCGGUGGAGAGAGUUGUCGACAGCUGUAACGACUUCUACACCGGCGACACUCAGGAGUCGGUCAAAAUGAGUGACGAAGUCCGGGAACGGAUCUACGCCCAGAUGGAAGAAUUUGCAUCUUACGGAUUGCGGGUCCUUGCUCUUGCAAGCCGACCAGCGCCCACUCACAUCAACUAUGAGAAAGAAGUCGAUCGCAAACAGAUUGAGGUCGACCUGACAUUCCGCGGAUUGAUUGGCCUCUACGACCCUCCCCGAGCCGAGUCCGCCGGCGCCGUGAGAGAAUGUCGUCAGGCCGGAAUCGAGGUGCAUAUGUUGACGGGUGAUCACCCUGGCACCGCGAGAGCUAUUGCUAUCGAGGUGGGGAUUCUCCCGUCUCGCGAGAAGAUGUCAAACUUGCCUAGGGAUGUGGCAGACGCCUUGGUCAUCGUCGCCAGCGACUUUGAUAAGAUGUUUGACGAUCAGAUCGAUCAGCUCCCACAGCUGCCCCUUGUUGUGGCGAGAUGCGCACCUAACACGAAGGUUCGAAUGAUCGAAGCUCUGCACAGAAGGAAGAAGUUCGCCGCCAUGACUGGAGAUGGUGUCAACGACUCGCCCAGCCUCAAGAGAGCUGAUGUGGGCAUCGCAAUGGGCAUGGCGGGCUCGGACGUUGCGAAGGAUGCGUCCGACAUCGUCCUCACCGACGACAAUUUCGCAUCCAUCAUCAACGCUAUCGAGGAGGGACGGCGAAUGUUUGAUAACAUUCAGAAGUUCAUCUUGCACUUGCUCGCCGAGAACAUCUCGCAAGCAUGUGUCCUUCUUAUCGGUCUUGCUUUCAAGGACAGCCGUGGAUUGUCUGUCUUUCCGCUGGCGCCGGUGCAGAUCAUCUGGGUAAUCAUGAUCACAUCUGGAAUGCCCGAUAUGGGUCUUGGCUUCGAAAUCGCCCAACCAGACAUCAUGUCUCGACCACCGCAGUCACUGAAGCGUGGUGUUUUCACCUUGGAAGUCAUGGUGGACAUGUUGGUAUACGGCCUGUGGAUCUCCGCGCUCUGUCUCGGCGCAUUCACGCUUGUCCUGUACGGGUUCGGAUCCGGAGAUCUCGGAGAAAACUGCAAUGAUGCCUACUCUGCCGCCUGCGACGACGUCUUCCGCGCCAGAGCUACGACAUUCGCUUGCUUGACUUGGUUUGCGCUCUUCUUGGCCUGGGAACUGGUCGACAUGAGGAGGAGUUUCUUCAGGAUGCAGCCGGGUUCGAAGAAGUACUUCACUCAAUGGUAUUACGACGUCCGCCGCAACAAGUUCCUCUUCUGGGCAAUCAUCUUCGGCUUCGUGACCAUCUUCCCAACGUUAUACAUCCCCGUCAUCAACCGCGAAGUCUUCAAGCACGAAGGCAUCACCUGGGAGUGGGCCAUCGUCGUCAUUGCUGCGGUUCUGUUCUUCGCUGGCGUGGAGGCGUGGAAGUUCGGGAAGAGAGUCUUCUUCCGGCGACGUGCAGUCAAGAUGGGCGGGAUCAUGCAGGAUGCCGAGGAGGCGGACAGCAUGGCACAGCGAACUCGAGAUCGGACUUCGCGGCCUGACACUCUCUGCUGA